UCUCUGGAUAAUGUACUUACGAACAUCUGGAUCAUUUAAAAGAAGAAUCGUCUUGAAAAUUCCGUGACAUUGACCUUCAAGAUGUGAUCCGAAACGUCCGAACUUUGAUAUAAAAUUCAUCGUUGACCAUCAAAAAUAGAAGACGCUGAUGAACAUUUUUUUUCUCUUUAAUUCAAUCAAUUUUAUUCAUUAGAUAACGAAAUAUCGUGUGACAAAAAAAAACGAAACAAAAAUAAAUUUAUUUUAAUAAAAUUUCAUUCUAAACUGACUCUCACUCGAUUGUAUGCAUUUGACACAACACCACGAAGAUUCCAAGUGUUUUUGAAAGUCUCUGGUUGACAAUUGUAAUUAGAAUCGACAGCUUUCGACCAAAUUUCAAUAACUUUUUGUCCUUUUUCAAUUGGAACUUUGACAGUCCAAAGCGUCCACGCAUAAUGACGACCAGGCCCAACAUUCUCUCCAUCAGAUAAUUGCUGAAGGUCAGCAGUCACCCAAGACUUCCCUUGAUUCGCUGUAAUGUCGACUCGAAUGAUUCUAUUGCCACCACCUGAAUACGCAUAGCCUUUGACCUCCAUACAUCCAUCAACAAUCUUCACUUGUUUUUCAAGCGGGUUCGGAGAGCAAAUCGCUGACGUUACUGGCAUGUUCUGUAUUGCUGGUGCUGUUUUAAAGUCAACAUUAUCCCAGUCAGUGCUUGGACUGAAUGCUUUGUAAUCAUUUUGUUGCCAAUGUACAGGGAGAUGAUUUCUAACAUAGAAGAAUUCAACUGGCGUGAUGAAGUUAUCAACAAGAAGUGACAGUGGUGGUUCGGCAUUAAAUGGCGUUUGGGAUUUAGGAACUAAAAGUGGACUUCGUGUUGGU